AUGUCGAAAGCGGACCAGGCUGUUCUUGAAAGAAGAAUUCGUCCAAUUUAUGGUUUGGGGAUACUAUCAGUUUUUCGUUCACAGUUUUGCAGACGCUCUCGAUAAUGGAAAUCCUAAGAAGGCUUUCCAGGAGGCUGAAAAAAUAUUGAAAAAACAUCCUAACACUGUGUGUGCGAAGGUAGCUUUCUUAACCAACAUUUAUCACAAAAAGUUGAUAUAACUUCAGGUAUUGAAGGCUUUGGCUCUGAUCAGGAACGAAAAGCUUAGUGAAGCUCUGAUCAUUCUCGAUGCGCUUGAUGUCGCAGGAGUACGUCAUGACGAAAGCACGAUGAUGGCUUUUGUGCAUUGCUACAAGGUUCAAUUUAUUUCAGAAAUGGUUCAACUAUAUUUUUUUUUCAGGAUGCCGACGUACCAGAACGUAUCAAUUUGCUGUACGAAAGAGCAGUUGAGAUGGAUCCAACCGAAAAUCAUCUUACUCAACUUUUUAUGGCUUAUGUUAGAACAAAGUGCAAUUUUUUCUAUGUUGGAUAUUUUUUGUAUUAUUCUGUUUAGGAAGUACAAGAAGCAGCAAGAAGUUGGACUACGGCUGUUCAAAGAAUAUCAAAACACUCCAUAUUACUUUUGGGCGAUUAUGAGCAUCGUUAUGCAGGUUUGAAAAUUAGUGAAGCAAAUAUCCUUCGUAUGUUUCAGGCUACCGAAAAUCCAUCUCUCGGUGAGAAAAUGUUAUAUCCUCUUGCGGAGAAAAUGCUUCAAGCUCACAUCCAGAAGCAUGGCUAUUCUAACGGCGCCGGUUCGUUGUAAUUCAUACCGAUAAGCAGUUUAAGAGGAAGUAAAUCUACGUAGAACGUUUUUCCGAAUUUUUUUGUUCAAGCUUUAUUUCUUUCGGAUUCUUCUAAAAUUUUUUUCAAUUCUACUUAUCGCUCCAUUGCAUAUUUUUUGAAAUGCAGAAUCGGAAUAUAUAUUGAAGUCGAACAGCUUCAAAAAAAGAUUCAGAGGCUUUGAAGAGGAAAAAAAUUAUUUAAGAACCAAUUUCAAGCAAAAAAAUAGAAAGGAUUUUUGGUAUCUGCAAGAUUUCUUAUAUUUCUCAGAAAAAAAUUUAAUGAAUUUUGAGACUUGGAAACCGAGAAAAAUUAAUGGUAAUAUUUCAGAAAUUGACUUGCACACGAUGAUUCUGGAGGGAAUGAAGAAGAGCGAAGAAGCUUACUGUCUUCUGACUUCUCCCAACGCUCUGAACCUGCCCAUUCCGCCCAUGUUCAUGAAUGAGAAGAGAGUGCAACUUUUGAUGCAAGCCGGCAGAUACGCAGCCGUCAAAGUUCUGGCGGAGAAGGAAAUCGGCGAGUAGUACGUUUCACCGAAGUUAUCAUUUUGAACUCAACUUUGAAGUGACGAUAAUUGGUCAAUGUGGCAAGCGCUUUUCGAUUCUUCUUUGAAACUCAUCGAGGAAGCGCAAACGAAAGGAGAUUUUACGGAAGCUACCAGGUUUUUUUUUCAAGUGCAAAGUUAUUGUAGAGAAUAAUUUGAUUUCGCAUUGAAUAAUCUUCGUUUGAAUCGGUCCUUGUUCAGACUUUUGGACGAAAUGAUUGCCCUGGUGAGCGAGCAUUGCGGCGGAGAUGGAAACGCGCCUUCCAAGAACCGAGGACCUUAUCUCGCCCGGCUCGAACUCAUCAAAAGAAUGGCGAACGCUGGGCAACCGAUUCGCGAGGCUUUAGGUACGCGCACAGUAGGUAGGUUGCGUCCCGUCGCUUCUUCUUUCCAGCUUCCCAAACAAUCCAGAGAUUCAAUUUUUUCAGGAGAACCUGUUGAAUUCAUUGUCCACUUCGUUAAAAAGUUCUACAAAAAGCCAUCUUGUUUCACAGAUGUCAAACUGGUAUGUUUGAAAUUUUCAAUGCGCUUACGGAAAGUUGUUCUCAGUAUAUGUGUUUGCUGAACGAGGAGCAGAGGGUGCAUCUGAACGACUUGCUCACGUGCUUCAUUUCGGAUUUGGUGCACAACGAAGACGGUUCUUGCGAAGGAGUUUGUUCCAAAAGAUAAUCGUUUGAAGACCUGAGAAUUUUAAGGAGGACAAAGUUUGGGCGAUAAUUGUUUACGAGCGUUUGCGACGAAUCACUGGCUUUUGGGCCAAAGAGUCCCCUGAAAAGCUGCGACAACACGUUCAACAAAUUAUCGCUCAAAUUGCUCAGGUAAUUAAACUGCACAGGGAAUGACUUUAUAGAUAAUAUGGAAUAUUCUUUAUUAAACAAAUACUCGCUGUUUCGGAAAAAGAUCCACUGGGAUUUUCAACUUUAAACAUUUUGAGCUUUUUUGGUUUUAGGCCUUCCUCUUUAACCCCUUUUUCUCAAAAUUUCACCUUUGUUUUCAGCCGAAUAGAAGUGAACUGGCCAUGGGAGCCCUCACUCAUUUGAUAGUUUCCGUACUUUGGGAGGUUUGGCGGAAAGAAGGUAGUUAAUGUCUUCAGUCUCGAUCACCACUCUAGAUGCAGAUGACGUCGAACGAUUCUACGAAAUGAUACUUCUUUUGGAGUACGUCGCUGCCAAAAACGCAUCGGACCCUCUCAGCAAGCUUGUUCUUCUUCGAGCAUACGGCCAAAUCGGUUUUCUUUCUUACUUAAUUAUUUUGAACUCCCAUCGAUUCAGUGUUAGGGACCAAUGAGACUAGCUUAGUAUCAUUUUAAACCCUUAAACAAUAUAAGGAGUAUUAUAAGAUUGACUCGUAAAAAAUGGGCAUUUUCAAAUUAUUAUUUUUUUAUACGUUUCAUAUAUUUUUAUUCCAUAUUUAUUUCGAAGCUAGGAAUUGAAGAGGCCAUUAUUUCUUCUCAUUGACGUCGGUAAUGAGUAAUUUUUGCAGUUAAAACACUUUCUGUAUCUUUCUAUUUUUAUCAUGAGUUCAAGUCAAAUAAACUCCUCUGACACCUCCUAUUUUUAGCCGGCCAGCAUUAAGUUAAACAUGUAAACUUAUUUUCUGCACUUGUUUUUCCCGAGGCCGAUUUCAAAAAUUGUAAAGUUAAUCAAUAAAUAAGAGGUUUUCUAUGUUGGUCGACAGCAGAAUUGAGCCAUCAAUCGUUAUUUUCUUGAUGGUCAAUUGAUUUGAUGUAAAAUAUUUUUUACGAACGCGUCCAGGCACUGUGAGUUUCGUAGACCAUGCUGAAUUCCAUCUUCAACUUCAUGUUUUGACGGAUACCAUCUGCAGGAAACACGACGCGAAUCGCGGCCCUCACGAAAUUGCUCGACAUAAAAUCUGUACAGUGCGAAUCUCUUGGAUAUCUCACGUUCCCCGUAUUCGAAGCCGUUGGACGGUAUUUCUUUUCAUGCGUCACUUCGAUGAAAGAUGACGUUCAGGUUCAAUCUAGCGGUGAUAUCAAACACUCAACUUUCCAUGGUUUAUGAACAAGCCGACAAAGAGGUUGUUCAUCGAUACACUUUAGCUUCUUUUUAAGAAGGGUAUUCAAGGUCAUGGAAUGUUUGCUGGGCGCCUACAAAAAUGGUAAGUUCACUCAAAUCCCUCGCCUGGUGCAUCUGGAGCAGACGAUGAAGAUGUCGACGCAGGUACACUCAUUGAUUUGGGCAGGCUCUUCGAAACAUGAAUUCAAGGCUAUCAGUUGCGAUGUGAUGAACAGGUACUUGUCUUCCUUGUUUUGUAUUUCGGACCUCGAUGAGGCAAUCACGACCAUGUAUGGAGAUGAAGAAAGCAUCGGUAGCUCAGAUUUUCUGUUUCCUUCUCAAGUAUUACUGUUCAGAUUGGAAUAAAUUAUGCGACAAUCGUGACUUGGACGUCAUUCCGAGUUUGGAGCCGUACAACUACCAGAAGCUUCUUGACGACAUGAAGAAGCGAUCCUACUGUGAAUUUGUCAGUUUGUAUUCCUUUUUGUCUAACUAGGGAACUACGCGGACCCCGUCACGAGGGUGGAGUUGAAAAUUUCGUGACAUGUAGAUUUAGGUAAGAGUGUUUGGAAAAAUGAGAGAUUAUCUGCUGAACCCCAUAGGCUUCGGAGAAAAAGCUCCUAACUAAUAUAGAAAAAGUCCUGUACGCGCCUGGGCCUUCUUCUUUCACGGAGGUAGCCUGGCGUAGUCUCAUGAUUGACUUUUUCAAGUAGGUUUAAUUCCUGUGGAGUGCGGCUCUUUUUCCUUCAGUUUUUUUCUCAGAAGCCUAUGGGAUUUACUAGAUAAUCUUUCUUGUUCCCUUCCCUGGGAUUCAUCAAAGUUCAAACUCUCAACUCUUCAACGUACCUUGUAGAUUUUUUAAUUGCUAAUCGAAAGGUCUACCAAAAAUCGCAGAUAUAAGUACUUUUGAAGAAAGUCGCGAUUUUAUUUUCCCGCUAUUAAAUUUUUUAAAUGUGCUUGAGCUUGGUGUACAGAAAACUGUCAACAGUAACCACGCGAAAUUGCGGACGUUUCAUUAGAAUUGCAAUUUUUAAAUUGAAAAAAAAAAGUGAUAAAAAAUGUCGCUUAUGUCGCUUUUAUUCAUACUUCUUUACGAAGUUAAGCUUUGAAAAGUUAUCGAAAGAAACUAGAAUUUCGUAAUAUUGACUAAAUAUAAAGUUUUGCUUUAACUUGAGAACUUUUCUUUAACACAGGCGGAUAUUUCGCGACUGCGUCACCUUCUUUGCCGAGCUUUUGCGGCGGUCGGACGUGUGACGAGGUCCGACGUAAGCCCUGCGAAGUCGCGCAACGAGCUCACUGAAUACGUCUCGCUGUUCAACGCGCAUCUCGAGUACUGCCUUCACGAGUAUUUGUCGAUGGAGCUUCCUGUUUGUAUCAGUCGCGUUUCGCCCCUAUCUGGUUGUUUCAGUCGCGACUUCUGCAGUCGCCAACACCCAUGCGACUCGCUCAGUGGGUUCAUUCCGGCGGUCUGCAGAUCGUUCGUCGUUUCUUACAAGUCGCACUCGACAUCGUUCCCCUGCUUGACAACGGGCAGAUCCCUUCAGAAUCUGUCUUGGGCUCCGCAGAACAGCUUUCGGCUGAACUGAAAGGUAUUCACAUUGUUCAUUUAAUCGAUGAAGAUCAUACUAAGAAAUUACGUAGAAAAAACCCGAAGUUUAUGAAGUUUCGUUUCAAACAAGCUUCCCAUCAACCGCUUGAGACCAUUUUAAAUACGGUUUGCACUGUUAGCGAAACUUUUUUCGAUGAAGAAAGAAGUUAGAUGUUUUUUCUAGUGAAUUUUUCAUAGCUGUAAUUUAGUUGUGAGAGAAGUUUAUCUGAAUCAGUCUUAAUAGUAAAAAAGGAAAAAGAAAGUUAUUUUAGAAAAGAAUGUCAAUAAAGCGUGGGCCGCCCGCUUUUGUUUUAGUUUCCUCAGCUCUCACUUUCUACUCACGAUUAGUCGUUUGUUUUCAGCGGUCGUAGAAGUUUUUCCAAGGGAAAAGAUGAUGAUGCGACCCUUCUACGCGUUCGAACCAAUCUGUGCUGCUUCUCGCGCACUUCAAACGCUAGCGUCGCUUCAGCUCAUCUUUAGACUUCUUGAUAGACUUGUUUGUCGGCGAGCUUGCAACAAAGAAAGCAGCAAAGACUCGAAGAAGGCAGGAAAGAAAGCGGAGCAGGUGAGACUAGUCUCCAUCGAACUUGAGAAAUAGCGCUUUCAGAAGGGAUCUGGCACUCCGUUUUCCGAGAGAUGCAAGGUGCUGUUGUGUGAAGUCUUGGUUGCAGCCAAAACGCUCAACGUUCAUUUAACUGAACUUUUCGAAAGCCUCUCUGAGGAAGAGAUUUUGCCGAAUAAGCUGGCCGAUGACCUUGGACAGGUUUGUGUUCUCAGACUGCUUAUAUUCACAAUACUCAGACCUUUCCAUUCUAUAUACCGAAACAAAUAAUUUCUGCUACGAAAUACUUCAAGCCUUUUAAACGUUUUCUCAUUCCGUUUGAGAUUUUUCGCAAUUCAGCGACAUUUUUUUUCAAGAGAUGCUCUGAAUCUUGUUAACUAGAGAACCUUGCAGAAAAUAGGGGGUUUAAGUAUCCAUCAUAGAAAUUCUCGAAAAUCGUUUUUUUUUUUUUCGCUGAAACAAACUUUUGUUAAUCUGUAGUUAUAGCUCUGAAUAAUUGAUGAUUAUUGAUUGGUUUCAGGCGCAAAUAGUGCUUUCUUGUCGACGGGAACAAGUUGACUCACGCAUUCUGCGCUCCUACGUCAUGGCGAUAGAGGACAUGCAAACUACCAUUUCCUCGUGGAUUUGA